AUGGUAGGCUACUGUCCAAUCUGUGGAAAGCCUGUCUACUUUGGUGAGAAAAAGAGGUCUUUGGGCAGGGACUACCAUCCUCUUUGUCUGAAGUGUCAGAAGUGCAACCGACAGCUCACGGCUGGACAACACGCUGAGUAUGACGAGAGGCCGUAUUGUUCAUACUGCUACAUGAAGAUGUUUGGCCCAAGAGACUCCUUUCAAGCAUGCUUCCCCUAUUUCCGUCCUUCCUCCUCCUCGCCCAAUGUCUCCUUCACCUCCUGUCCCUCUGCACUGAUCACAUGA